AAAGUAUGGGAGGGGGAGAGACAGAGGAAAAUGGUUUGGGAAAAUUAUUUGAAUAAGGUAGUAGAAUGAAUCUUAAGACUUCGUGAGGCGGUGCAGGAUUGAGGUUAUGAAAAUUGGUCUGAAGUUGUUUAUUUUUUGUGUGGUGUGGUGUAUCAGUGUAAUUAUCUGCUUUGAACCAAUAUUAUAAUGAAUUACUGAUCAAUUUUGAAGUCUGCAUUUAUUGAAUUGAAUCACUCGUUCAUACCUUUCGCCGCGAAUGAUGCAUACAGUGCCGCAAAAAGUAUAUAUUUUGGGUGAUAGAAUUCGCGACGAUGAAAAGUAAUACAAUAGCUACGUAAUUGAGUAUUCUCGAAGUGACAUUUAUUAAUUUUUGGAAGAAAGAUCUCACGUCUGCAACUGACAAGUUUUUGAUGUGAAUAGCGUCCGUCAUUUUCAAACACAACACGGCGAACGUUUGAACUGUUCUUGUUUUUUUUUUUAAAUGUAAAUACAUACGAGUUUUUUGACCCGAGUAUAGGAAAUUCGGAAGAUUUGUUCUUUUGAAAUAUCAUGAAUUAACCAUUGAAUAUCAGUUCAAUGAGUGGUUAAACAGGUAUACUUUUUUUAAGCCGUCAACAUGAUUUGUUUUCUUUUGUGUAUCGCCGCGUUCUGCUGCAUCCUGUUCAGAAUCAUCCAGAGAUCGCACAUAUGGCUCAGAAAAAUGCGUUAUGUGGAAAAUGUUCCCGGUCCCCCACUUAAAAACAGAUUAAUAGGACAUUUAAAGGAGGCUAUGGUCUCUCCAGCAGGCUUACCAGCGGAAUCCUACAGGCAUUAUAAGGAAUAUGGGGGUAUAUACCGAUUCUGGCUUUUGGGGUACCCCAUUAUAUUCAUCGGAGAGGGCAAAUACGCUGAGAUCUUCUUUACAUCCAAAACCACUGAAAUCAAACCGGAUCCCUACCGGUUGCUUCAUGUUUGGCUUGGUCUUGGAUUGUUGACCAGUAGAGGACAGCUUUGGCAGAAAUGUAGGAAACUCUUAACUCCUGCUUUUCAUUUCUCAAAUCUGACAAAAUUUUGCGACGUAUUUGUCAAAAACACUCGGACGAUGGUCCAACAGUUACAUCAAACACCGGAUGGAAGUCUUGUUGACGUAACUACACUGAUGAAACUAGUUGCUUUGGAUAAUAUUUGCGAAACUGCAAUGGGGAUUGAAAUCAACGCCUUGAAAAAUCCAAAUCACAACUAUAUUCGGGCAGUAGAAGACUGCACGCACAUGACAAUGGAGAGAUUCACCAAGCCCUGGUGCUGGAAUGAUUUCCAAUUCUUCAUCAUGCCGAACGGUAGAAAAUACUGGAAAGAUUUGCAUACGAUUUUUGAGCUUACAGAUAAGGCCAUUAAUAACAGAAAAAUAGGAAGAGCAGAAAGAAUACAAAAUUCCUCUCAGCACCUCGACGAGGCCGAAGAACCUAAAAAAAUGGCUUUCCUUGAUCUUCUACUUGCAUCGUGCGAGGACAGUUCCGUUACUUUAUCGGAUGAAGAUCUGAGAGAUGAGGUCAACACUUUCAUGUUUGAGGGGCAUGAUACGACUGCAGCAUCGAUGGGCUUCACUUUAUUCCUCUUGGGAGUUCAUCCUGAGAUUCAGGAAAAAUGUUACCAAGAACUUCGUGAAAUUUUUCAAGACUCAGAUCGAAGCCCAACUAUGGAGGAUUUGCAGAAAAUGAAAUAUUUGGAGCAAGUGAUCAAAGAAAGUAUGCGUAUGUUUCCAAGUGUCCCAGUCUUAGGGAGGGAAGCUACGGAUGACGUAAAAUUAGGUGACCACAUGAUUCCGAAGAAAUCAGUUAUCUUAUUGAAUGUCUACAACCUGCACCGAGACCCGAAGGUUUUCCCAGAUCCAGAAAAGUUUAAUCCUGAUCGGUUCAGUCCAGAGGAGAGUUUGGGUCGACAUCCUUUUGCAUACGUUCCUUUCGCUGCAGGUCCGAGGAACUGCAUUGGACAAAAGUUCGCCAUGUUGGAGGAAAAAGUGGUACUGUCAUAUAUUCUACGUGAUUUUUUGCUGGAGUCAGAGCAUGGCAUGGAUGAACUUCAGCUGAGUUUUGCGAUGGUCAUCAGAUCUCAGAAAAACCUAAAUGUUAGAUUUACGCGCAGGAAAAAAUUUCAUGGCUUCGAAAGUUGACAUUAUAUUUAAAAAGAAGAAGAAAAGAAUAGUAUUACUUGUACAUUUUUUGGUGCUUUAAAUUUUCCCGAGAGGAGAGUUUCGGAAAAUCGUGAAAAAUAGAUUGUAUAAGUGUAAAGUAUCAAAUAUGAAAGAAGAAUCAUAGGUACACAUAUAUUUUCAUUAUACCCAGACAAAAUGACGUAAUUGCAUUCAAUGUUGGAAAACUUUCACUCACAAAUAGGAUUUUUAUCAAAAUAUUUAGGAUAUUUCUAACUGAAAUUGUAUUGCAUUUUUAUACUUAAUAAUCUCGAUCAGAAUGUUAGAUAACUGUAACCAAAUAAGUAGCUGUAUUUUUUCACAAAAUUAGUAUUAAAAGACACACAAAAAUUGGGUCAAAAAUAUAUUGCAUUUUGAAUGCACUAAAGCUGUUUCCUUACAUAACAUAAAAGGACAA